AUGCGGUCGAAGAAGACACCCGCGCGUAUCGCAUUUCUCCUGCUCGUCGGUACGCUGGUCGUCUCUGUCGCCGCCGGCUCCGAGUAUGUCCGGCCUCCGCCGGGCCGGGUCAUCCUCACGGAGAACAGCCAACCCCCCUCGCACCCACAGCAGGUCCAUGUAUCGCUUGUCGGGGCGAACCACAUGAGAGUCUCAUGGGUCACGGACGCCAAGCACGGGCACUCCGUGGUGGACUACGGCAGGGCCUCCGGGAACUACACCUCGUCGGCCACCGGUGAGCACACCUCCUACCGCUACUUCCUCUACUCUUCCGGCAAGAUCCACCACGUCACUAUCGGCCCGCUGGAUCCCGAUACCGUGUACUUCUACCGGUGCGGCAUGGUCGGCGACGAGUUCGCGCUCAAGACCCCGCCCGCCGCUCUCCCCAUCGAGCUCGCCGUCGCAGGGGACCUCGGGCAGACGGAGUGGACGGCGUCGACGCUGGCACACGUGAGCAAGACGGACUACGACGUGCUGCUGGUGCCGGGCGACCUGGCCUACGCCGACACGCAGCAGCCGCUGUGGGACAUGUUCGGGCGGUUCGUGCAGAAGCACGCAAGCCGGCGGCCGUGGAUGGUGACCGAGGGGAACCAUGAGGUGGAGGCCGGGAUGCCGGUGCUCCCGGGCGCGCCGGACCCGUUCUUGGCCUACACCGCGCGCUGGCGGAUGCCGCACGAGGAGAGCGGCUCGCCCUCCGCGCUCUACUACUCCUUCGACGCGGCCGGCGGCGCCGUCCACGUCGUCAUGCUGGGAUCCUACGCCGGGUUCAACUCCACCUCGGAGCAGUACGGGUGGCUGGCGCGCGACCUCGCCCGGGUGGACCGCCGCGCCACCCCCUGGCUCGUCGUGCUGCUGCACGCCCCCUGGUACAACACCAACGCGGCGCACGCGGGCGAGGGCGAGGCCAUGAGGAAGGCCAUGGAGAAGCUCCUAUACGACGCCCGCGUCGACGUCGUCUUCUCCGGCCACGUACACGCAUACGAGCGCUUCACCAGGGCCUACAAUAACGAGGCGAACCCGUGUGGGCCGGUGUACAUAACCAUCGGCGACGGCGGGAACAGAGAAGGGCUUGCCUUCGACUUUCAGAAGAACCACAAGCUGGCGCGGCUCUCGCUGAUGAGGGAAGCGAGCUUCGGGCAUGGCCGUCUGAGCGUCGUGAACGCCACCACCGCGCGCUGGGCGUGGCACCGCAACGACGACGUCGACUCCAUCAUCCGCGACGACCUCUGGAUCGAGAGCCUUGCCGCCAACGCCGCGUGCCGGCCGCAGGCCAUCAACCUCGCCCAUGACUCUUGGAGCGAUGAGUUGUAG